AUGAUUGGAAAAAAUUCUUUGAUUAACAAUAAUUCAAAUACUUCAAAUAUUAGUAAUGAUAACGAUAAUUCGUUUAGUUCACCCGAAGAUUUAUCAUUAACAAAACCUUCCAAAUCUCCAAACAACAUUUCUUUAUUAUUAAAUUUACCACCACCACCGUUAAUAGCAAACGAUUUCGUUUAUGACGGCAAACAUUUACCUGAAGAUUAUUGUGAAGAAGAAUAUGGUGAAGAAGGAUAUGGUGACGUAACGGAUCAACAAACCAAUAACUCCAAAAAGAAAGUCGCCCAUAAUGUAAUUGAAAGACGUUAUAGAGAUAAUAUUAAUAAUCGUAUCAACGAUCUUAAAAAUGUUGUUCCUGCUCUUUGUCAUGUAAAAGGUGGUAGUAAAGAUGACAAUGAUGGUGACGAUGAAUAUGAGAGUAAUAACGAUGAAAAGGUGGUGGAUGGUAUUAGAGUACCCCAAAAAUUAAAAAAAGCUACAAUUCUAGAAAAAUCCACAGAAUAUAUUCUUUACUUGAAAAAUAACAAUGAUAAACUUAAAGAGGAAAAUGAUGAAUUAAUAAAAAUAAUUGCAAGUUUACCAGGAGGAUUUGAUUUAUAUCAUGAAUAUUAUUGUCAAAAUCAGCGUCAACAAUUAAUUUCUUCUGCUUUAUCACCUUUUAUGCAACCUGUGUACACUCCUCUUGACGCUUCCCCACAACACACCAAUAGCCCUGCUAGUUAUUCUUCUUGUGACGAUAUCAUAUCCUCCUCAAACAACAAUAUGUACAUAUAUACAGUAUUUUUAGAAUUACACAAUGUACGCGAUGAGUCUAGAUCGUUGAUUAUUACGAUUAUUCAAUCAUAG